AUGCCGUAUAACCUGUCCGGCGCGCAAGCCCUGACUUUAAUCAAGAGGUUCGCGGUCGGCCUGGACAACCUCGGCGUCGGGCAGGGUCGAGCCGUGAUGAUUGUAACGCCCAAUCAUCUCUAUGUACCGGUUGUAUACCUCGCCGCAGCUGGCUCGAGCCGGUGCUUUACGGGCGCGAACCCGGCGUUUACAGAGGCAGAGAUCGCCUACCAGAUGAAGAUGGUUGACGCCGCGGUCGUCUUGGUUCACCCGAGCGCGUUGCCGACCGCGACCGCCGCCGCCAAGAUGGCGGGCCUUCCCCUCGAGCGGCUGUACCUCUUUGCGGGCCAGCCGUGCAAGCCUAUCAAUGGUGUGCCGGACUGGACGACGCUGCUCGCGAGCGAAGAAGCUUCGCGAGACUGGAGGUGGGAUCCGCUCACGGGAGACAAGUCUCUCUCGGCGGUAGCCGUCAUCAACUUCUCCAGUGGCACCACAGGCCUGUCCAAAGGCGUGUGCAUUACCCAUAGCAACCUGGUCGCGAACGCGACGCAGGCAACGGCUCUCCGCUUCGCGCCAGGCACGUCGUCGGAAACGAUUCAGAAGCAAGAACGCUGGAUCAACUUUUUGCCCCUAUACCAUGCCUACUCGCAGCUGUGGAUGGUGAGCAUCGCGCUCAAGCAACGCAUCCCGGUGUACAUCAUGGAAAAAUUUCAGUUCGUGCCAUAUCUGGCCUACAUCCAGAGAUACCGCAUUACCUCGUUACUCACCGUGCCACCCGUCAUCCUUAUGCUUGCCAAGAGGCCGGAGACAGCAAAGUACGAUCUCAGCAGCGUAACGUACGUCGCUUGCGGUGCUGCGCCUCUCUCGAAGGAGCUCCAAAACGACGUCGGCCGCAGGUUUAACCUCUCCAUUGUGCAGGCGUGGGGGAUGAGCGAGACAACGUGCAUAGGGGCCAUGGUGCCGUCUUGGGUAACUGAUGACACGGGAAGCGUCGGGCACCUACUACCGAACACCGAGGCGAAAUUAAUUGACGAGGACGGCGAGGAAGUUACCGAGCGCGGAAAGCCCGGCGAGCUUCUUCUGAGAGGACCCCAAAUCAUGUUAGGGUACUGGAAGAACGAGGCGGCGACGAGGGACAGCAAGACGACUGAUGGAUGGCUGCACACAGGUGAUGUCGCCGUGGAAAAGAACGACAUGUUUACCAUCGUGGAUCGGAGAAAGGAGCUCAUCAAGGUCAAUGGCCUUCAGGUCGCCCCUGCGGAGCUGGAAGCCGCUCUGCUCGAACUCGACGACGUAGCCGACGCUGCCGUCGUCGGCAUCGUGCUCCACGGGGACGAGAUGCCCCGCGCGUACGUCGUGCUGCAACCGGUGGCCAAGCACAAGAGGCUGGCUGGCGGAAUCAAGUUUAUUGAUGAGGUGCCCAAGCUGGCGAGCGGCAAGAUUGUGCGGAAGCUGGUGAAGCAGUGGGCGCGGGACGAGGAAAGGAGGUGGAGAAGACAAUAA